GGCACAUACACAUAUUUUCCCGCCUUUUCCUCUGGUCACUCUUCUCCCUUAACCCCAGCAAACACACAUAAUAUCAUUUCAUCUUAAUUCAACAUUCCAUCCACAAAUUCAUACACAAAAUCACUGAUUCUCCAUUUCCUUUCACUAAUUAUGGAUUAAAUUCAAGCAAAUACAGGGGUUCCCUCUCUAAACACCAAAAGAUACAGUGUUAAAAAUGGCAGACCAAUACGACCCGGGAUGUUUCGGCGUUCGUUUGGCUAACCGGGAACAGAGAGAAAAGUGGGAUACACUCGUCCAAUUGAAGGUCAUACCAUCUCGAUACCCAGAUGAAGAGGCAUUGGAAGCACUGGGACUCGGUGACUGCUUCUGGGAGCUCAGUCGAAUGGGUGGUCUGACGAAGAUGUUCAAGGGCAAAUGGUCCUCCUAUCGGCACUUAACAUUAGAGUUUUUGAGUACUCUAAAGGUGACCAGGGUAGGUAUUAUACCCCGAAUCCAAGAGAUCAAAUUCCGUUUAGGAAAUGUCGAUUAUGAGAUGUCUGUUGAGGAGUUGAACCACAUGUUAGAGUGUGAAGGGAUAGUCAUCUCUAUGCCGGAUAAGUUUGACAUGGAUGGCUUCUGGACCGCCAUCACAUUCCUAUGGGAAGGCAAACGGGUGGGAUAUUCCGAAGGCCGGGCCAAGUCUAUUUCCAUUCGGAAUCCCGUCCUCAGAUACCUACAGAUGGCAUGUUCAUUCCUCCCAUUUGCCCGAAGCCAAACCAAAGGAGUUGCAUCGAGUGAGCUGUUCUUGCUAUGGAACAUCCUAAAUAGGAGAGCCCUCAACAUGGGGAGUUUCAUUAUCUCUCAUCUACAGAGUCAGGCCCGGAAGACCUCGGGCACACUUGCAUGUGGUGGAAUCAUCACCGCCAUUGCUGAGCUGUGUAAAAUUAACACCAAACGAUUGGAGCCGAUGAAGGACAAAGGGGAGAUGUUUCUUUCGUUUGAGGUGCUGAAAGAGAUUGAAUUAAUCACAGUCGAUAGCAGACAGCGUUUUUUCUUCAUCCAGGAAGCGGGAGAUCACUUCCCACUCCCAAACCCUAGCUACACAUAUGUUCAUGGGUGGCAUAUCACUCAAAAUUGGAGGCUGGACUCUGACGCUCAUAAGGCAAUUGUGAAAGCCAUGCCAGCCCAUGUGCCGUUGAAUCCACAAUAUCGUCCCGGCAUACCCUUCCAGUCCAACCUGCAGCCCCUGCGGCCAGACCCGGUACUGCUACCACACCAAGCCCCACCACAAGAGGAGCAUGCUCAUGAUGAUCAGGGACCUUCCCAACAAAGGAGGACGAGGAGGAGGACGGGACCUCAACACGCUGAUGAUGUCUCCUUGGCCGAGAGGGUUGAUCACCUAGGGACCCGCAUUGACCAUGUUGAAGCCUCGAUGCGCCAACACUUGGAACAACUCAACCAGAGGUUCGAUCACUAUCAUAAGGUCAAUGACGAGAGAUGGGGUCGAGUGGAGAACACAGUAGGCGAGAUGUUGAGGAGAUUCCAAACGCUCCCCAAUCCACUGCCGCCACCGUCUCAGUAGAAUGCAAGUCUCUUAAUUCACUUCUAUUGGUCAGUCUCCUUCAAACAGAGCAUUCUAGCAAGCAAGAUUACAAAGAGAAGGGCAUCAAAUCCAGCAGCUUCUACUGCACAUCUCCUAGUGGACUAACCCUAUUCACCAAAGCUUGGCAGUCAAUCGAUCCGACCCUCCACGGGGCUUUAUCUGUAUUGUCCACGGCGAAUGUGUCCGUCUGCCUGGUGAUGCAUUUUAAGAGACCAGAGUUCUUCAAAGGCGUGAUCUUGAUGGCGCCCAUGUGCAUGAUUUCGGACAAGGUGAAGCCCAGAUGGCCGGCAGCGGAUUUGGUGGAGAAAUCUGCGAAGAACAGGUCAGUGAUCGAUUGAGGGAUGUUGAGAUUCCGUUUGUGGUGAUGGGAGGUUAGAACUUAGAAGGAAGAACAUUAUCUAUGCAUAUGCCUGUUUUUCUUAUGGAACAAUGUUUACUCAGUUUAUAUA